AUGGAUGAGAGUCGAGGAGUUAUAGGGAAUCGCAAAAAGGUUCGCAAUGAGAUUAAGGUUGAAGCAUUAGUUAUCAAGAAUACAGAUUUUAAUGCAGUUGCUACUUCCCGGAAUCUUAGUCCUGAAGAAGCUGAAGUCCUUAAAUUCGAUCAAGAGCGUUCUAUCACAGAUACUAUGGCACUUAAACGUUUUUAUAUGCAGAAUCUUUAUUGCAAAGACAUGAGUAUUGAGGAUUGGAAUAAUAUUUGCAAUAGAAAAUUCGUUGAAAAUUUUAGUUCGCCUGAAGCUCAGAAGCAUUUCUUAUGGUUGUCUUAUUUUCGAAGGCAAGGUCAUGAUGAGGAGAAUGCAAUGAAGGGAUUGAAAGCUAAGGAAAAUAUACAAUAG